CUGGGAUAGACUCGGGCAGAAGGAGCAAAGGACAGGGAGAGUAGAGCAGUCUGAUUGCUGGUUUAUUUUUUCCAUUUUUAUUUAUUUUUUUUUUGCUUCCCGCUUUGGCCCUGGGCUAUGAGUUGGCAGUAGACGCUCACGUCUCGCCCGUCCCAGCCACCCCUCCCAGCCAACCAUGGCGGCAGGCCUCACUGAAGAGAAGCGCCCACCCAGCGCGUCCAACAGCGCCGUAGCCGCCCAAUCAGCGCCUGGCUCCCCGUCUACACCCAAAGACGAGCCAGAGCCAGCAAAGGAGCCCGAACAGAAAUUCCACCUUCUAACCUACCUGCGCAUCUUCCUCUCCGCCAACCCGUCAUGGAUCGACAUCUUCCUCCUCAUCACAGGCACCCUCUCCGCCGCGGCGGCUGGGGUUCCCUUCCCGCUAAUGGGCAUCCUCUUUGGCGAGCUGGUCGACGACAUGAACGGCGCCACUUGCGCAGCCAACUCCACCUCCUCUCCAUCAUCAACUACUAACCCCUUCGCCUACGAAUCCGCCAUCAACGCCAAAGUCCUCCAACUAGUCUACAUCGCCAUUGCGGCCUUUGUGCUCAUCUACGUCUACGUGCUCUCCUGGUCCCUCGUCAGCCAGCGCCUGGCGCAGCGGCUGCGGGGGAAGUAUGUCGCGGCUCUGCUGCGGCAGCCGCCGGGGUUCUUUGACGCGCGGGCUGCGGCCGCGGGGGAGGCGGGGACGUCGGAGAAAGUGGGCAUUUUGAUUGCGAGUGUCAGUUUUUUUGUGGCGUGCUACGUGGUUGCGUUUAUCAAGCAGCCGAAACUGGCGGGGAUUUUGGUUUCGUUGAUACCGGCUUUUCUGUUGAUGGCGCUUGGUGGAGGGUUUUUUGUGCAAAAGUAUAUGGGGCGGUCGUCGGGGGGUGUGUCGGCCGCGUCGGAGAUUGCUUCAGAGGCGCUGCAGCAUGUUGCUGUGGUGCAGGCGUUUGGGGCCGGGCCGAGGUUGGAGAGGAAGUUUGCUGAGCAUGUGGCCCUGGCGAGGUCGGCGGGUAUCAAGAAGGGGGUUGCUGCUGCCGUGCAGGCCGGGUUGCUGUAUUUCAUUGCCUACUCGGCAAAUGCGCUUGCGUUCUGGCAGGGCAGCCGCAUGGUGGUGGACACGAUGAACGGCCACGGCACCGAAACGGUUGGGCAGAUUUACACGGUCGUGUUUCUCUUGGUUGAUGCCUGCGUCUGCCUGGGCAACAUUGCGCCCUUGCUACCCAUCCUGACCGGCGCGUCGACAGCCUUCCAGCGACUGAUGAAGGACAUUGAAACACCCUCAUCCAUCGACGGGACGUCGGACGACGGCAUCGUCCUGCCCCCGUCCACCCCCGGCGACAUCGCCUUCCACAACGUCUCCUUUACCUACCCCUCCCGGCCGAACCAGCCCGUGCUGCGCAACAUCACCCUGAGAUUCCCCGCGGGCAAGCACACGGCCAUCGUCGGCCUGUCAGGAAGCGGCAAGUCCACCAUCGCCUCGCUCAUCGCCCGCCUGCACGACCCAGAUCCAGACAACGGCAGCAUCACCCUGGACGGACACGACCUCCGCGAGAUCAACGUCCGCUCCUUACGCGGCCUAGUGAGUUUCGUCCAGCAAGAGCCGUCCCUCCUCGACCGAUCCAUCCUGGAAAACAUCGCCCUCGGCCUCGUCAACUCCCCGCGACCAGAACACCAAGCCCUGAAACCCACCCUGCAGAGCAGCGCCCUGGCCGAUCUAGUUGCCGCACACGGCAAGGACGUCAUGUCCCUACCCCCCAACAGUAUCAACAUAACCCCUGAAAUCUCGCAAAUCCUCACCCUAGUCCGCACCGCCGCCUCCCUCGCCGAUGCCGACAGCUUCAUCUCCUCCCUCGACAAAGGCUACGCCACGCCCGCGGGACAACGCGGGUCGCUCGUGUCUGGAGGUCAAAGACAGCGUGUGGCGCUGGCCCGGGCGCUUGUCCGUCAGCCGAGGGUGCUGGUGCUUGACGAGGCCACGUCGGCGCUGGACGCGGCGAGCGAGGGACGGGUUGCGAGGGCCGUGGACAAGCUUGUUGCGGAGGGGGAGAUGACGGUGGUUAGUAUUGCGCAUCGGCUGGCGACGGUGCGGAAUGCGGAUUGGAUUGUGGUUAUGCAGGAUGGGAAGGUGGUGGAGGAGGGGAGGUAUGAGGAGUUGAUGGCGAGGGAGGAGCCUGGGGGGGUGUUUAGGGGUAUGGCGAGGCUGCAGAGUCUGGGGAGUUCUCAAGCAUUGGAUGGGGGUGAAAAGGAUGGACAUGGUCUUGGUCUUGGUCAGGAAGGGGAGCGGUCGGGGACGGAGAGUGUGGAGGGGGAUGAGGAGAAGGGUGUGGAUGUGGAGAAGGUGGUUAGUCGAAAGACGGAACCUGCUGCUGCUGCUGUGACGGAAGAUAUGGAGAAGGGAGACGACAUGGAUGCGGUCACGGACUCUGCCCGCUGGGGUAGCGUGCUCCGCGGGCUUGCUCGUCUCGUGCGGCCGUCCCUUGGGUGGCUUGUUCUGGCCGUCUUCGCGGCAAUCCUCGUCGGAGGCACUUUCUCCGGCUCAGGCCUCAUCUUUGGCUUCACCGUGGGCGCGCUCAACCCAUGCAGCAACACUUCCGACCGCAUCCUGGAACUCGGCAUGUUUUUUGGUGGGCUGCUGUUCAUGCUGGCCGUGAUCGAGCUGCUAGCCAACUUCUUUGCGUGGUCCUGCUUCGGGUUGAUCGCCGAGCGUUUACUGUACGCCGUGCGCGUGCUCUCGUUCCGCUCGCUCAUGGAGCAGGGCGUGCAGUGGCACCAAUCCAACGGCCGUUCCCCUUCCUCGCUGCUCGACAUCAUCACCAAGGACAGCGCGGCCAUUGGCGGCUUCAGCGGAUCCACAGUCGGCACCGUCUUCUCCAUCAUCGUCAACUUUGUCGUUGCAAUCGUCCUGUCGCACAUUAUCAUGUGGAAGAUUGCCAUCGUGUGCCUGGCCAUCGUGCCCGUGCUGCUCGGCGCAGGCUUCAUGCAGCUGCGCAUGCUGGCGCGCUACGAGGAGCGGCACGCUGAAUCCUUCUCCCGAGCCACGGGCGUUGCCGUCGAGGCGGUGCAGUCCAUCAAGACCGUGGCGGCGCUGUCGCUCGAAAAGGAGGUCAUGGCCUCGUACGCGCGCCUGCUGAAGAACACGCGUGACGAGAUGGUGCGCGCCGCGGCGUUCACCAACAUCUGGCUCGCCCUGGCCAACAGCAUGAGCUUCCUCGUCUAUGCCUUUGCCUACUGGUGGGGGUCGCAGCGCAUCAUGGCCGGCGAGGCCACCCAGACGCAGUUCUUCAUCAUCCUCGUCGCCAUGCUCGUCAGCGCCCAGCUCUGGGGCCAGAUGUUCACCCUCGCGCCCGAGUUCUCGCGUGCCCGGACGGCCUUUUCGCGUAUCCUCGACAUCAUCAGCCUCGGUUCCAACAAUGAAAUCGACUCCAAGCACGGCCCGCAGGGCAAGAAGGACACCAGCGGCGGCGACAUUGAAGCCCUCGCCGAGUCACAGCCCCCAUCAACAUCACCCCCGUCCAACUUGACCCAGCCCGGCAUGCAAGUCACCUUCUCCUCCGUCUCCUUCUCAUACCCCUCCCGCCCAGACCACAAAGUCCUCGACUCCAUUUCCUUCACCAUCCAACCCGGGCAAUUCGUCGGGCUGGUCGGGCCCUCCGGCGCAGGCAAGUCCACCAUCAUGAGCCUGGUCCAACGCCUAUACACCCCCACGUCAGGCACAAUCUCCCUCGACGGCGUCCCCAUCUCACCCUCCUCCUCCUCCCCCUCGCAAAUCCCCACCUCCCUCCGCGACACCAUCGCCCUGGUUCCACAAGACCCAGCCCUCUUCUCCGGUUCCAUCGCCUUCAACGUCUCCCUCGGCUCCCGUUCCAGCACUCACAACCCCACCCAAGCCGAGAUCGAAACCGCCUGCCGCCUCGCAGGGAUCCACUCCACCAUAACCUCCCUCCCGCAAGGCUACCAAACCGAGGUCGGCCCGUCCGCGUCCCGCUUAUCCGGCGGCCAGCGCCAACGCCUGGCAAUCGCCCGCGCGCUGGUCCGCAAGCCACGACUGCUGCUUCUCGACGAGAGCACGAGUGCUUUGGACGCGGCCAGCGAGGCUGCGUUGCAGGAAGGGCUGGAUCGGAUUCGAGCUGAGGGGGCAACGGUGAUUGCGAUCACGCAUCGGUUGCAUACGGUGAGGAAGGCGGAUGUGAUUUUUGUGGUUGAGGGUGGCAAGGUGGUGGAUCGGGGGACGCAUGAGGAGCUGAUGGAGAGGAGGGAGAGUUAUAGGGUUAAUGCGAUGCAGCAGAUGUUGCAGUGA